AUGUUCCGAGCCUCAGCAGCAGGCCCCUAUGACGAUGCCGUCACCAAGGCCACCGACGAGAACCUCACCUCCGAGGAUUGGGGCGCUAUUAUCGAGGUCUGCGACAAAGUAGGCAACGAUCCAAAUGGCCCUAAGGAGGCCGUUCAGAGUAUUAUCAGACGUCUUGCGCAUCGCAAUGCCAACGUCCAGCUUUACACUCUCGAGCUUGCGCAUGCUCUUGCUCAAAACUGCGGAAAGAACAUGCACCGCGAGCUCUCCAGUCGUGCUUUCACAGAUGCACUGCUCCGCCUCACCAGCGACCGCAAUACACACACACAGGUCAAAUCGAAGAUCAUUGAGCACAUGAAGAGUUGGUCCGACAUGUUCAACAACGACCCCGAGCUGGGCAUCAUGAGCGAUGCCUACAACCGCGCCACACGGAGUAACCCGAACCUCCAGCCCCCGAGCGCUCCUCAAAAACAAGGCCUUACUGAUGUCGAUCGCCAGAAGGAGGAGGAUGAGCUGCAGAUGGCACUCACACUGAGUCUUCAGGAGGAGGAGCGCAAGAAGACUGCUGCCAGCAGCCCAGGUGUACAAGCUGGCCCCAGUGGCCAGACAGAGAGCCCUGCUCCUGCAGCGCCCGCCGGUACUACAGCCGCUACUGUUAGCCGGGUGCGCGCCCUAUUCGAUUUCGCACCCUCGGAGCCUGGUGAGCUGGAAUUCAAGAAGGGCGAUGUGAUUGCCGUUCUCGAAAGCGUGUACAAGGACUGGUGGCGGGGUUCUCUACGAGGCAAGACUGGCAUCUUUCCACUCAACUAUGUCGAAAAGCUUGCCGAUCCCACACCAGAUGAAUUGCAACGCGAGGCUCAGAUGGAGGGCGAAGUGUUUGCUGAGAUCAAGAAUGUUGAGAAGCUACUCACACUACUGAGCACUUCUAACACAGCACCAAGAGAAGAAGACAACGAAGAGAUCUCCAAACUAUACCACCAGACACUUGCCAUCCGACCGAAGCUCAUCAAGUUGAUUGAGAAGUACUCCCAGAAGAAGGAUGACUUUACACAGUUGAACGAAAAGUUCAUCAAGGCUCGACGGGACUAUGAGGCACUUUUGGAGUCUUCCAUGGCCCAUCCCCCUCAACACAACUAUCAACAGUACGCAAUGCGACCAGGACCGGGUCAAGGUUAUCCUCAAGCUGGUGGAUAUCCUCCCCAAGGAGUAGCUCCUCAGGACCCAUCACGUUAUUAUACACCUGGCCCAGGAGAGCAACCUCCAUACCAAGCUUCGUCCCCUCCUCCCAACUUUCAGGGUCAGCCCCAAGGUCAAGCACCUCCCUUUUACGUGGCGGGAGCUGAAGUGCCUGCUGGCUCGCAGCCUUACCCUCCCAGAAACGAAUCCCCUUCCAACAGCAAACAGCCUGCCCCCAUCAACACCCAGGCCCCUGGUCAAAACUUCAAUCCUUAUAACCAAUCUCAGAGCAACAACCCGUACACGCAAGCACCGAUGGGUGGUCGGCCUGGUAGCACAUACGGAGCCCAAGAAUUGGCAACCUCUGUUUACGACUCGCCCAUUGCGACCAACAACCCACAGCAACCGGCUUCAGCUGCUACAUUCUCAAGCUCGGUCUAUUCUCCCGAGGACCAAAAUAACGAGAACGCUAACGCACCUCCUGGUCCCUACGCUUCUCAUCAGCAACAGCCCCAGCAAUACCAAAGCUACAAUCCUUCUCAAGCACCUCCAAUGCCCACAGGCUCAGCCCCUCCUCCACCUCAGAGUGUAAUGACUCCUCCGCCUCUGCAGCCUGGAAAUGCUGCUGUGUAUGAUGCUCGUCACGGUCUGCCCAGCCAAGGCACUCCCGGCGGACAGGCUCAGUACAAGCCCUACAACCCUCCUGGAGAUGGCCCUUCUGCCCCAGCACCAGACAACUACUACCAAAGUGGUGGGGUUUACUAG